AUAGAGCAUGUGUUUUAAUGUACACUUCUAAAUUCUUUGAGCUCAGUAUUUUUUUAAUAAUAUUGUUUUGAUAUUUAUAAUAAUAUAUUGUGUGUUUUAUUUAAACAAAUAUGGGUAACAAAAAUGAGAGGAAAAUUGCAGUCAACAAAGAGAUUGUAUUGAUGAGGCAAGCUGUAAGAAAAACAAGACUUGGAAUAAUUUGGAAAUUGACAAAAGAAUCACAACGUUUAAAAUCUCGUCAACAUGGUGAUGAAAAAGUCAUCAAAAAAUGUAAACGUAAAGGAGGUAAUUUAAUUAAAGAAUUGCGAGUAUUAAAGAAAAUAAAAGACGAUGAAAUUUCAAAAUAUGCAAUUACAAAUGAUAAAAGUCUUACUGAAGUAUUGUCGGAUCCUAAAGCUAAAUUGAAAACAAGAAUUUUAACUAGAAUGGCAUUUCAUAAAAUAUUAAAAACAAGAAUUGAAGAAUUUAAGAAAAAAUUUCCAGAUUAUUUGGAAUUUAUGGGUCCUGGACGUAGAGAAAGAUCUAAAAUUGAAUUUAUAGAAAAGAAAAAUGCUGCUAAAAAUACUGAUGGUGAUGAAAAUAAUAAAGACAAGAAGUCUGAUAAUGAUGAGGAUAAUAUGAGUGUUGAAGGUGACGAUAAUGAUGAUGAUGAUGAUGAUGAUGAAGAAGAAGAAGAAGAAGAAGAAGAAGAAGAAGAGGGUGAAGAUGAGGAGGAAAAUCAAUCAGAAAUAGACCAAAGUGAGUCGGAAAAAGAUAAUGAUGAUGAAGACGAUGAAGAUGAUGAUGAAGACAAUAAAGAUGAUGAUAAAGACGAUGAAAAUGAAGACGAUGAUGUUGAAGAUGACGAUGCUGAUGAAAAUAGUAACAAAAAUAAAGAAAAAAAUAUUCCAAAAUUAGAAAAAAAAGAUAAAGUAUUAAUAGAGAAAGAAGAAACUUUAAUAACAAAAAAAACUGAUGAAAAAGAAUCAAAAAAAGCAAACAAUUUACUUUCAAAAAAAGUUAAAAUACAAGAAAAAAAUAAAACUAAAAAACCAGUGUCAUCAAAAACAGUAAAUUCUUCUGAUAAAAAUAUUAAAAGAAAACCUGAAAUUCCUAUCAACCGAGAAAGAGUAGUUAAAAGAUUUAAACUAGAAGAAGAGCAAGAUGAAAUAGCAAUUGACACUGCUCCAAUUGAUCCAAUUGAUUCAGAUGAUCCAAUUGAAGAAGACACUGUCCUAUUAACAGAUGAUCCAUUUUUCCAUCCAGGAGGUCUUAAAAAUAAAGAUAAUCGUAAUGAAUCAUCAGAUAAUGACACCAACAAAGAUGACAAUAAUUAUCAAAGAAAUAAUUUUAAUAGACGUGAUUCUAAACAUGGUAAUCUCAAUAGAAGAAGUAGAAGAGCAUUAAUGAAUAAUACUAAUAAUAAUGAUACAAAAAAUAGUUAUUUCAAUAGACAAGAUAAAAGAUCAUCAAAUGAUAAUUAUGAUAGAAAAUAUAACAACAAAUUUACAAAACAAAAUGAUGAUAAAUUUAAUUCAAUUGAUAGCAAAAAUAAAUUCAAUGAUAAAAUAAAUAAACCAACAGUUGAAAAAGAUUUACAUCCAUCUUGGGCAGCUAAAAAGAAACAACAAGUUAUAAUAACACAAGGAUUCCAAGGAAAUAAAAUUAUUUUUGAUGAUUAAAAUUAAAUAUUGUAAAAAAAUAAC